AUGGAUCCUUCGAACGAAACCAUCAGUAUAACCCGAACACAAUCGAAAGAAUACAAGAACAAGCGCGACACAUUUAUCGAUGUAGCGGUUCCGUCAUAUCAGUUGGAGCUGCCUCACGACUUUCCGCUAGAAAGGGCGCCCUGGGACGAUGCCUCUAGCGAACAAACCAAGGUCCCGACGAGUUCCACGGAUGAGUUGUCAAUUGAGAGUAACAAUGUAGAGAAAAGAGGCGAUACAGCGUCGGAUGCUGUUGGUGAUUUUCCUCAAGGUCUCCAACUAGCCAUGAUCGUGUUAGCCGUCAUUCUCAGUUUCUUUCUUGUGUCACUUGACAUGACCAUCGUAGCAACCGCGAUACCGAGGAUAACUGACGAGUUUCACGGUAUUGCCGAUGUGUCGUGGUAUAGCUCGGUAUUCUUCAUGACGACUGCCGGGUUCCAGUCGACUUGGGGCAAAGCGUAUAAGUACUUCCCGCUCAAGACGACGUUUCUGGCUUCCAUUACGGUCUUUGAACUGGGCAGCCUGCUUUGUGGAGCAGCUCCAACAUCCCUCGCCCUUAUCAUCGGGCGUGCUAUAACCGGCAUAGGGGGCGCAGGAAUCGGAUCUGGCUGUUACACCAUCAUUGGCUUUUCUGCCGAUCCGAAGAAGAGACCUUUAUUCACUGGGCUUGUUGGUGCAUCGUACGGUAUAGCCAGUGCACUUGGCCCCUUGCUCGGCGGCUUACUUAGUGACAAGGCAUCGUGGCGUUGGUGUUUCUACAUCAACCUACCAAUCGGAGCCAUCUCCAUACUGGCUAUUGUUCGUUUCUUCAAAUCUCCGGCAGCUGCAAAUCCGCAGGCAGCGUCUUGGAUGGAGAAAAUCGUACAAAUGGAUCCUCUAGGAUCUUCUCUCAUGAUGUCUGCUGUUGUUUCUCUGAUAUUGGCUCUCCAGAAGGGUGGACAGACCGAUUCUUGGGGUUCGCCAAAAGUUAUUGGCCUCCUCGUUAGCGCCGGCGUUCUUAUGGUUCUCUUUGCAGUUUGGGAAAGUUUUCAGGGAGAAAGAGCAAUGAUAGUUCCUCGGCUCUUCAGGCGUCGCGUUAUAUUCUUUUCCUUCAUGUUUCUCGCACUCUUCGCGGGCGGCUACUAUACACUUAUCUAUAUCCUACCGUUGUACUUCCAGGCCAUCGAUGGAACAAGCCCAAUCGAAUCUGGAGUUCGUAAUCUUCCGCUCAUAAUCGCCGUCUCUAUUGCAUCCAUCCUUUCCGGAAGCUUGGUCUCAUCCACCGGCUUUGCUGCACCCCUCAUGCCCAUUGGCGCCGCCACUGCCACAGUUGCGGCCGGACUUCUGUUCACGCUUGACAUUGGCACCGAGCCGAUCAAAUGGGUCAUGUACCAAGUGCUUGCAGGCAUUGGCUUUGGUAUCGCUAUCCAGGUGCCGAUGAUCAUAAGCCAGUCGAGCAUCGACUUGUCCGAUCUUGCUUCGAUCACAGCUCUGAUGAUGUUUAGCCAGACUACUGGAGCCGCUGUUCUUGUUUCGGCAGCCCAGGCUGCAUUCGGCAACGUCCUCCUUCAGGAGGCACAGAUGACUGCCCCGGAUAUCAAGCCCGAGGCUCUGAUUAUGACAGGCGUUGGCUCGUUGCGGCAGGUGUUUCGUCCCGAUCAACUUGCAGGGAUUUUGGUUGCUUACAUGAGAGGUUUGAAGAUCACAUUUGCUAUUGUUAUCGGAGCGGUUGUUUUGGCAUUUAGCAUGAGCACCUACGUGCCAUGGAAGCGAUUGGGACAUGGCAGUAAGAAAGAGGUAGCUGCCGAGGAAGUUUAA